UCGUCUCUCACAGGUUCUCGCGAGGUUUGAGGCCGCUGGGCCGGCCCGGGCGGCUGCAAUAUGGCGGAGGCGGAAGGGGAGAGCCUGGAGUCCUGGCUGAACAAAGCGACCAAUCCUUCCAACCGCCAGGAGGACUGGGAAUACAUAAUCGGCUUCUGUGAUCAGAUCAACAAAGAGCUUGAAGGGCCGCAGAUCGCUGUCCGACUGCUGGCCCAUAAGAUCCAGUCUCCGCAGGAAUGGGAGGCGGUCCAGGCGCUGACGGUGCUGGAGGCGUGCAUGAAGAACUGCGGGAGGAGGUUUCAUAACGAAGUGGGGAAGUUCCGGUUUUUGAAUGAGUUAAUCAAAGUCGUCUCUCCAAAGUACCUAGGGGACCGGGUGUCUGAGAAAGUGAAGACCAAGGUUAUCGAGCUGCUUUACAGCUGGACGUUGGCCCUGCCGGAAGAAACCAAGAUCAAGGAUGCUUACCACAUGUUGAAGAGACAGGGCAUCGUGCAGUCUGACCCACUGAUCCCUGUGGACAGGACGCUGAUCCCGUCUCCACCACCUCGUCCCAAGAAUCCUGUUUUUGAUGAUGAGGAGAAAUCCAAGCUUUUAGCCAAGUUGUUGAAAAGCAAAAACCCAGAUGACCUACAAGAGGCCAACAAGCUCAUCAAGUCCAUGGUGAAGGAAGAUGAGGCGCGGAUCCAGAAGGUGACCAAGCGUCUGCACACUUUAGAGGAGGUUAAUAACAACGUAAAGCUGCUCAGUGAGAUGCUGCUUCAUUACAGCAAAGAGGACUCUUCGGAGGCCGACAAAGAGCUCAUGAAGGAGCUGUUUGAUCGGUGUGAGAAUAAGAGGCGGACGUUAUUCAAACUAGCCAGUGAGACAGAGGACAAUGACAAUAGUUUGGGGGACAUCCUCCAGGCCAGUGACAACCUCUCCCGGGUCAUCAACUCUUACAAAACAGUUGUUGAAGGGCAGGUUAUCAAUGGUGAGAUAGCCAACUCAGCCAUGCCAGACGCGGAAGGAAACCACUCUGGGAACCAGGGCACUCUCAUCGACCUGGCUGAGUUGGACACACCCAGCAGUUCAUCCUCCACGUCGGCCCCAGCCCCUGCCCCACUGGCCUCUGGCAUCCCUAUCCUCCCUCCACCCCCGCAGACCUCGGGUCCUGGGCGCAGCCACUCAUCCGGCCAGGCUGAAGCCACCGCGGGACCCAACAGCACAAGCAGCGCCCUCUGCCUGCUGGACGAGGAGCUGCUCUGCUUGGGCCUUGCUGACCCAGCCCCCACUGCUCCUCCCAGAGAGUCGGCUGCAAACAGCCCGUGGUCCCUGUUCCAGCAGAACGAGCAGCCGGACCUGGACUUCUGCAGCCCCAAGCCUGGGAGUGCUUCCUGCAGCCCCUCAGACGGGCCUCUUGUCCCGGCCUCAGCACCCUCUGCAGGCAGCUCCCAGGCCCCACUGCCUCCUCCCUUCCCAGCUCCUGUGGUCCCAGCCAGUGUUCCUGCCCCCAAAGCAGGCUCCUUCUUGUUCCCGACUGGACUGGCCCCGGCCCCGAAGGCUGAGUCCACAGCCCUCGGGUACCAUGGCUCCGCUUUGGGGGAUAGCAGCCUGCAGCAGCUCGAUGCCCUUGACCAUCUUCUUGAAGAGACCAGAGCGACCUCAGGCCUGGUGAAACCUGUCUCUUCCAUCUUCUUUCCUGGGGCUACCACCUCCCCUCUGAUCCCUGCCAGCACCACUGCUAGGCCUCUCCUCCCCUUCUCCCCAGGGCCUGGCAGCCCUCUCUUCCAGCCGCCUGCCUUCCAGUCCCAGGGCAGCCCCAUGAAGGGGCCAGAGCUCUCCCUGGCCAGUGUCCACGUCCCCCUGGAAUCUAUCAAGCCAAGCAGCGCCCUUCCCGUGACAGCCUAUGAUAAAAAUGGCUUCCGCAUCCUCUUCCACUUUGCCAAGGAGUGUCCGCCUGGACGGCCUGACGUGCUCGUGGUGGUGGUGUCCAUGCUGAAUACCGCUCCCUUGCCUAUCAAGAGCAUCGUGCUACAGGCCGCUGUGCCAAAGUCGAUGAAGGUGAAGUUACAGCCACCCUCUGGGACAGAGCUGUCUCCAUUUAGCCCCAUCCAGCCCCCUGCAGCCAUCACCCAGGUCAUGCUGCUGGCCAAUCCACUGAAGGAGAAGGCGAGGCUUCGGUAUAGGCUGACUUUCGCCCUGGGAGAGCAGCUGAGCACAGAGGUGGGCGAGGUGGACCAGUUCCCUCCCGUGGAGCAGUGGGGUAACCUAUGACCCCAGAGGACUUUCUGUCAUCACACUGAAGCCAGGCAGGCUGCUGCAAGACGGGAGGGAGGGCUCCCUGGUCCAGUCACCCUCCACAUCCUGGAUACAGCGUUUGGAGCUUGGAUAUGGAGCAGGGGCCCUGGGCAUCGCUGCUGGGAGCGGGGCUGCUGCUGUGAUGCUCUCUCCCUUGGCCCCCUAAAAGGACCUGAUUUUUGUCUACCUGUGUGACUUGAAGUGGCCAUGUACUGUCAGGGGUGGGGAGUGGCCCCAGACUCCGCACUAUGGCCCUGGUGGGAGCAGGCUUUCCCCCUCAUGCUGGCAUCCUGAUGCCAUAAGAGGGGGAGGUCCCUAAGAGACUCGGGGCUCUCCCUCAAGGACCACAUCCUCACACCCUUAGAGGCCUCAGCCCCAUGUCACUACUCUGUGCUUCCCCUGCUGGCAGACUCUUGCUCCCACCUCCAGGGAGGUAGACAAAGCCCCGUGGCCCUCAACAGCCCUGG